UGCCAGGAGAAAGACAACACAAGUGACUAGGUGACUGUUUUGAGUUCACAAGCUGAAAGAACUCGAAGUUUUACCGUUUUUAUAGGUUCUUCACGAGUGUUUGGGGAUUUAUUUUCAGAUCGGAAGCAUUUAAGGUCAAAGAUGGUGUCUGCUGUGGCGAACUCGUACGAGAAUACGAGCUUCACCAGCCCAUUAAUACUCAAGGAUAUUGAAGACAAAAUAAGAAACAUUGUUAAUUCCAGAAAAGUUAGAUUGACAGAGUACUUCAAGGAUUUUGAUCGCCUAAGAACUGGCUUCAUAACAAAGUCUCAAUUUGACCGCUGCUUGGAUCAGUUGUUUGGUAUUGUGCUGAGUCCAGAAGAUGAUACAAAGUUGAUGGAAAAAUAUGGCAGCCCUGAGGCUAAACGUAAAGGUUUGGUGAACUACCGACAUUUCUGUGAGGUCAUUGGUGCAGUGUUUGAUCCUGACAUUUUAAAUGAAGAUCCAGCCACACAACAGAUUGGUCCUGCAGCAAGUGGUAGUCCAAUAGAUCGUCGCCCUCUAAGUCCAGCAUCUCUCGCAAAAUGUGAAGAUCUCUUGAUGCGACUGGCUCACUUUUACAAAUAUCAUGGAAUCAACAUCAAAACAUGUUAUGCUGACUUUGAUAAGCACCAUAUUGGUGUUGUAACAGAGAGUCAGUUUUUCAGAAGUUUUCCGGGCUCUCCUGACAUCAUACACGAAGAGACAGUUCUGCUGGCUAAGAAGUACCGUGACUCCACCCGACCUGGCCUGUGUAACUACUAUAGCUUCCAUGAAGACAUUGAAAGAAUGCAAAAUGCCUUGGCUGAAAAAGAGGACUUUACAAAGUACAUUCCAAAUCAGGACAUCAUUGAUGAGUCUGGAAAGCGUCCUAGAACACCAUCUUUAGAUGAAAUAUUUGAGAAAAUUAGAGAGGCUGUCCACAAGAAUGGCAUCCGAACAACAGAGUUCUUCAAAGACCAUGAUAAGUUGAGAAGCGGAGAGAUCACUGAAAAUCAGUUUAUUUGUGGCCUGAGUCUAUGUUGUGGGACACAAGCCAACUUGUCCCGUGACGAGAUACAGAAAAUAGUGGAGGUGUACCGCCAGUCCAAUGGGCGUGUUCGGUACAAGGAAUUCUGUGACAUCAUGGAGAAUGCUUUUACUGUGCCAGAUUUAGAAAAGAAACCAACAGCGGAAGUUUACCGACCACCAAUGGGUUCGCUGUCAAAGGCUCCUAAUCUGCUCUCUGCUCAAGAAGAGGCCAGAGUCAACGAAAUACUCAAGGAGAUUGCCGAGAAUGUGAGGAAGCGAAGAUUGAUGGUGUAUCCUUAUUUCAAAGAUUUUGACAGGGUUAGUAAAUCUUUAUUGUUGACAGCUCUUCUCUUCAUAGUCUCUAAAGAAGUCAGGAACGAUGGUCAAGAUCCAAACAAGGAAGUGGACUGCAUUAACACUAAUGGCUCUUACAAUCGUACCUGUAAGGGUGACUAUGUUAGACCCUUUCAGCCAUGCAGGGACAUGAAUGCGAGCUUAGCCAGAACUAAUACUUCCCGAAACUGUACAGUCGACCCAUGUGUUAAUUACAAAGUCCUGAGUAAUGCCGACAGAAGGAGCUCUUACGUCACAGUCUUCAAUGAAAUGUCAUGUGACAGUGGAUUCUGGGGAUGGUAUCGUUUCGUGGGAGCAGCAGGAACAAGAAUGCCAGACAAAUGCAUUCGUCGGCAUAGAUGUAAUACAGUUCUUUCAGGCUGGUUGAAUGACGACCAUCCUUCGGUGGAAGACGGUGAAAUUUCCAGAAGGGUCUGCUUUUCCCAGCUGCCCUAUGGCUGUUGCAGAUUCAUAUUGGACAUCUCCGUUAUCAACUGUGGGUCUUAUUACAUUUACCGUUUUGUUACACCACCGAAAUGUCCAGGGCGCUACUGUAGUACAGACUAAAUGUAAAGAAA